AUGCCUUCGUUCCUUGUUAUUGGCGCUGGUGUGAUCGGCUUGUCCACCGCACUUGAGCUUCGGGCCCGGUAUCCUGGGUCAGAUAUUGUCAUCGCGGCCAAAUACCUCCCCGGAGUUUCUGCCCCGGACUACACAUCGGCAUGGGGAGGUGCAAACUGGUUCUCAGCAGCUCGGGACAAUGGACCACAGGAAGACUGGGAGGCUAUCGGCUACCGGAAACUUAAGGAGCUUGCAUCAACGCGACCAGAGUCAGGGGUUCAGCCCAUGAACAUUCGAUGGCAUUACGAGCGCCCGAUCGAUGAGGUUGGUAUCAAAACUCCGGAAACGGGGAAGCUUUGGUUUGAAGAGCUCGUGGGGGGCCUGACCAAGAUUGAUGAGAAGGACCUUCCUGAGGGCACAAGCUUUGGAUUUGAAAUGGCCAGUUUUGUCGUCAAUGUCCAUAGAUAUCUCCCGUGGUUACAAGCUGAGGCGGAGAAGAAAGGGAUCUACAUCCAUAGACGCAUCUUUGGGCAUAUCCAAGAGGCCCUGGACUUCUACCCUAAAGUCAAUGCGGUCUUCAAUUGCACAGGCAUCGGAGCUCUAACCCUAGGUGGAGUUGAAGAUAAGAAGAUAUUUUCCGCGAGAGGACAAAUCAUGCUGGUUCAAGGACCCGAGAAGCCGAUCGAAAAGAUGUACUUCCGUGCGCCUCACCGUGAUGGCGAAGCAACUCACAUAUUUCCACGGGGAGAGCGUGGGGGAGUUAUCCUCGGAGGCUGCCGACAGAAAGAUAAUUGGGAUGCGGAAACCGACAUGGUGUUUGCAGAAGUUAUCAAGAGACGAUGCUGUGCUCUUGUUCCUCAACUGGGCAAGCCUGAAGAUCUUAAAAUAAUCAAGCACGGUGUUGGAUUCCGACCGGGUCGAGAAGGCGGCGCUCGUAUUGCACCUGAGACGAUCAACGGCAGGCUUGUCAUCCACAACUACGGCGCAGGAGGAACUGGGUUUUAG